GAGCUGCAUUCAUUCAGCACUGCCUGAGUAAGAAGAUUACUUUUGCGCUGCUCUUCUCAAUACUCUUUCUCUCUUUAAACAUGCUAAGGAUGCUAAAGAGUCACCAGCUCCAAAAGGGAAUGAUUUUAUUACUCUUAUGGCUCUGUUAUUUCAUGGAAGAUCAAAAAGUGCAAGCUGGUAACUGCUGGCUACAGCAAGGCAAGAACGGGAGAUGUCAGGUUCUCUACAUGCCUGGGAUGAGUCGAGAGGAAUGCUGCCGAAGUGGGAGGCUCGGUACAUCUUGGACUGAGGAAGAUGUGCCAAACAGCACAUUAUUCAGGUGGAUGAUCUUCAAUGGCGGUGCUCCAAACUGCAUACCUUGUAAAGAGACAUGUGAUAAUGUGGACUGUGGCCCUGGGAAGAGAUGCAAAAUGAACAGGAGGAGUAAGCCUCGUUGCGUAUGUGCGCCAGACUGCUCCAACGUCACCUGGAAGGGGCCAGUCUGCGGCUCAGACGGAAAAACAUAUAGAGAUGAAUGUGCCCUUUUGAAAUCAAAAUGCAAAGGGCACCCUGACCUGGAGGUGCAGUAUCAAGGCAAAUGCAAAAAGACGUGCCGUGACGUCCUGUGUCCGGGUAGUUCGACUUGUGUGGUGGACCAGACAAACAACGCAUACUGUGUGACGUGCAAUCGUAUCUGCCCAGAGGUUAUGUCUCCGGAGCAGUACCUUUGUGGCAACGAUGGGAUUGUCUAUGCCAGCGCGUGCCAUAUAAGGAGGGCCACAUGCUUGCUCGGAAGAUCCAUUGGAGUGGCAUACGAAGGGAAAUGCAUCAAGGCCAAGUCAUGUGAUGACAUCCAGUGUAGCGCAAGUAAGAAGUGUCUAUGGGAUGCCAAGAUUGGUCACGGGCGCUGUGCAGUUUGCAUGGAGUCAUGCCCAGAAAGUCGCUCGGAGGAGGCAGUGUGCGCCAGCGACAACACCACUUAUCCCAGCGAGUGUGCCAUGAAGCAAGCCGCUUGCUCUUUGGGGGUUCUCCUGGAGGUUAAGCAUUCAGGAUCUUGCAACUAAAUCUGCCAAACAGACCUGAGCCAUUAAAACGUCUGAUCAACCCUCUCCUGUCACACAACUGACUUCCUUGAUUAUGUAAAUCUUGUUGCAUAAUUGUGGGAGCCAGAGUACCCGGUCAUCUGCAAAGAGCCUAAAAGACACACUCCAAGCUCUAGAUUAUGGCCUUCUCAGAGGCUUUGGGAUAAAAGACACAUACUCACGUAAAAUUCUGAGCUGUUGUGGUCUAUAUUCAUGCAACAGCUACCAUGUAUUCUUCCAUAUAGCCAUUACUGAAGACCAGGAGGACGAUGAUGAUGAGGAAGACCAGGACUACAUGGCUUAUAUCCAUUUAUCACCAGUACUGGAUGGAUAAAGUGCCCUCAACCAGUGGAACAGUCCUAGGGCAAGAAUCAUGUCCACACUGUACAUAUGUGUAUGCUAAUUUAUUUUUCAGAGGAAAAAAAGAAGUAUACAUGUAGUUCAGUCUGCUCGAUGUUUAUUUAUGCAGUGUUCUGUUUUAUAAUUGAUGCAUUUACAGUGUCUGGCUUACUGUCUAUCUUGUUAUUUUGUUUUUACUUUUGUUGUCUUUCCCUUUUCAUCUUUUCUUUUUUUAUUAUGACUGAGAAAUAUAUUUGUCCAAAGAGAAGUGUUAUUUAUUGUGAGGUAAAAUGCUACAUGUAAAGUGCAAGUCUUCUGCAAGCUGUAAAUUGCAUUCCCUGAGCUGUAUAAAUGCUUAUCAGUGUCAAUUCUGUAUCACAGAUGUUUAUUUCACACAUACCUGCAUGUUAGCUUGUGAGUUUAUUUAUUGGAAAAAAUGGAAACAAACAGGAUAAAAAAGUCACUCUUUAAUGUACAUGUACUGUAUAUAUCUAGUUUUGUUUACAGUUCAGUGUAACUGACCAAAGGGAUUUUCUCAAUCGCUCAAAAGGUUUUGUGAUAUGGUGCAGCAGGAUGUUGAAAAUUAGCCGUUUUUCACGUAUUCUGUAGGAAACUCCCGACUGUUCACUUGUACAUGAUGCUAAAUGCUGGCAUACCUCACCAGCAACAGUUGAAGUUUUUGGUGAUGGAGCAGAAAUUAGCAGUGAGUGAUACUUGUUUGAGAAAACUGUGCCAUUAUGCUUUUUUGUCUUGUUUUUGCCAAUAUACUGCUCCGUAUUGCUCUUGCAGAGCUAACAAAAGGAAAAGAUAAAAGACUUAAGUAUCAAUAUAUAAAACUUUCACUGUUUUCACUUUGUUGUCAAAAUGAAUUUUUAUUUUCAGACAUCUCAAGAUAAAAACAAAAUUCAGUUAUAAAUAUAUAGUUUUGUAUUUUUUAUGUAAAUGUCAUAUGUAUAUACAAAGUUUGAUGGUAUUUGUACAGAUAUUAAGAGUGAAAUCAAUAAAAAAAAAAUCCUUAUCAAUUGCUCACUCUUGUGUUGAUUUUGUCUAAGACAUUGAGGGUCCUGUGCUGUCAUUAGCUGUACACAUACUCAAACAAUACACCCUGGCAUUUAUUACAAUAUCAAAAUAAUUUCAUUUGAUACAGUAAGUAUUUGGGACUGAUUAAGGUUGGUGUAUAGAGAGUUUCAUUCUAUCUCACAACUACCAUGUCAUUUUAACCAAUAUGAAUAAACUAUGUCCAGUUUGGAAAAGAAAAGUACAGUUACACAAAGUUCAGGCUCCAUACAAUUUAUUUUUUAAUAGUUCUAUUGUAAUAUUACGACAAAAUAGUUAUUUGACCAAAUAAACCUAC